AUGGCAUCACAAACACAUAGCUCGCCAGCUCGAGCUGGCAUCAAACCCUCAAAUCAACCCGCCGCCCCCAACUUCGCUGACCCGAACUUCGACCCUGCCGACUUUCUCAAUGAAUCCCUAUCGCCGCUGACUGUGGCAUCAUCACAACCCAAUGCCUCGCGGGCACCCGGCGCUGUGUCCCUCACAGAGCUAUCCGCACAAGUCCAGUCCCUUCUCUCCCAAGUCAGCGCCCAAAACAUCCGGCUCUCGAGCACUUUAUCCCAACUCACCGAUGAGAUCCUCCGAAGUGGUGGACGACUCGCCUACGAGGUUGAAGUCCUACGAGGCGAGACAAUCGGACUAUCCGAAACCCUGACUGAAGUCUUGCGCGACGACAUAGCAAAUUUCGUCCCAGAGCCCUCGCCAGAAGAUGCACACAAGACCGAACAAGCAGAAAAGGAUGCGCCGACGAACGAGGACGAGGAGCCCUCAACCACGGAAGAGAAGAAGGCGUCCACCGCUCCAACAGACCCAGAAUAUAUAACGAAUCUCCGCACACUGAACCAAGUACGAUCUCGUCUCGAAGACGUCGUCCAAACAUUCGGCGACGCAAUGGCAUGGCCGCUCCCACCCUCCGAGAUCUCAUUCUCCUCUUCCUUCAUCUCCGUCUCAGGGCCCGAUCUCGGGCCUGAUGGUCAAGAUCGCGAAGAAAAGGGCCAGGAAAUGAUGAAGAAGCUGCGGACAGAGGUCACCGAGUUACUCGACAGCGAGGGCGGAGGACGCGCCGGACUGGACGCCGCCAACCGCCGCGUCGAAGCUUUACGGACGCUGGCAACUGUGUGGAAUUCCUCGGCCGAGGAGAAAGCUCGCAAUCGAUUCGUGGAUAGUCUGGCGAAGAUUGUGGAUGACCGUCGGCGUUCCCUGGACCAGCAGCAGACCGUGGCGGACCAGGGCCAACGUGGACAGAGUAGGUCCAGGCCUGAGGGUCGGCGGGAUAGUGACAGCGGUGCGCCGGCUGGUGGGCUGUUCAGGAAUCUGCAGCGUCUUCGUGAGGAGAUCUAUUUAGAGUGA